AUUUGUUUGAAGAAAGUGACAUUGAUGACUAUGGUGACAAAAGUGAAUCAAUGACAUGUCAUGAGUUUACAAGAAAGCUUCCCAAGACUGUUCGGAAAAGAGGCCAUUUGCAAGCCAAAGAAUUCUUUAACUUAUCAUACAACAACACGGCAUACUUAGAUGCCAUUCGCUACAUUUAUCCUGCUAAGAAUUUGUGCGAAAGAAAAUCUUACACCGAAAAACUAAUUUUGAUUCUCAUAAUAUCAGAUACUUCAGUAAGUGGGAGUAUAUUCAGGCAGGCAAUAAGAGCAACAUGGGCCAAAAAUUUAACUGAACAAAAUGGCUGGACUAUCAGAAUUGGAUUCAUCAUUGGGAACCAAACUCAUGGCAGACAAAGGACAAACAUUUCUGAAGAGGUUCACCACUAUCAUGACAUAAUCCAAGCAAGUAUUGGAGAUGGUUAUGAUAAAUUAACUGAAAAGACAAUAAUGGGAUUUCGUUGGGCUCAGCAAUACUGCUCUAAAGCUUUACUCAUCAUGCGAAUCACUCAUGAUGUUGUUGUGAAUGUGCGUGGUCUCAUUAAAGAAGCAGAGUUAUUUCAUGCACAGCAAACAACAAGACUAUACCUUGGGAAAACUAUCCGCAAUGCUACAAUCAUGAAAAGGGGCAAAUACAAAUUCAGAAGCCCUGUACGCUGGCCUACUAACAAAUACCCUGCAUUUCAAGCUGAACCAGGAUAUGUAAUCUCCAUGGACUUAGCCAUUGAGUUGAAUGCUAUGUUUUGUAGGACACCAAUUGCCUUUCCAGAUGAUACCUAUGUUGGCGCCUUAGUUGAUGCAUUAGGUGUCAAUGCUACUACCAGGAAAUUAUUCACCUUUUCUCACAGGUAUAAAGAGAAUGACUUGAUUAUGGUUACUAAUAACACCAUUAUUGUUCAUUUUGUAAGAUGGACCUCAAAAGCUGUAGAAAAGAACCCUACCUUUUUGUACAAUGACAUGAAAAAAGUGUCUGAUGCAUUGUUAAGAAAUAAUGCAAAAGCAAUAAAGGAAAGUUACAGGGUUGGACGAAAUAAACCAAUUCUCAAACCAAAAUUGAAAUAUAGAAAUGUGCUAAGAAACAAAAACGCGAAGGUUCCAGCAUCUAAAAGACGGUUAAUAUCCCAAAAGUAUAGAAUAUGACAUUCAUACCUUAUCUUGAUUAGAAGUUGUAUGAGGUAAAUGAUUUGCUAUAAAAUAGAUGUAUCUAUUUGCAUUGUCAUUCAAUUUCUUAACCUCUUUAAGUAACUGGAUAAAAUGAUUACCUUGUUUAAGAAAUAAUCUUUCAAGUGGAACAAAUUGAAAAUACAGUUUUAUUUCAAAAUGUAAGGAAAAAAUAAUGAGGACAUCAUAUGUACAUUAAUCUGUUUAUGUCAUCAAAUAUUAAUCACUUUUGUAUAUUGAAUGUUUUUGAUUUAGCUGACUUCAAUUUUGAUAUUGUGAAUUUUACACAUAUGUUCUAGAUGUCAAGUGAUUUGAUGUGAGAUCUUUUUUGAUGGGAGUUUCUACUAACAGGAGUUGCUGUUUUUCUAAUUGUUUCAUAU